CUUAUACACAGACGAUGUCAAUACCAAGAGAGUACAUAACUCUCUAGAUAGCGUGGUACUAGAGAGACUAACUUAACCAAGUUUGAAGUACGAAACAACCAUGUCCAAACGAGUGCAAUUUGAUCCGGUUAUCGAGACUAAGACAAUAGAAGUCGAAGACAAGACCGAAUCUCACGGCCAGGACAGUACUGUACUGCAAGGUAUAGAGAUCAAAGACACUUCGUAUGGGCUGGCUGGUAGGGGCAUGGGUGAGGUUUCUAGAGAUGUCGACGAAGAUAGUGGAGGCAGUGAUGACGAAGCCGCUGAUAAGAAAGGAGUGCUCAAGUAUAAUAUUUUGGAUGUAAGGGAUGUUGAAGGCCAAGAAGACGCAACUGAGAAGUACAGUGAAGUAGGAGUCAAGAUAACGCCGUUUAAUUUGGAAGAAGAAGAAGAGGAAGGCCAUUUUGACGCCUCUGGAAACUAUGUGUUUGGGAAAGAUAAGGAGGAUAAUGACGCUUGGCUGGCAAGUGUAAAAUGGGACCAAGAGUCGCAUCUUGCUAAAGCGCACCAUAACACAAUUAAGAGUGUUGUGGCCAAGCGCCCCACGGAUCAAGAGUCUAUAGAAGGUAAGGAUGAGAUCGACAAGGGAUUGGAACUGAAAAAGUUGCUCUCCAUUCUACACCCCGGGGAAACCAUUGCGUUAGCUUCCAAGCGACUGGGCUCCUCAAAGGGGAAGGCCCGGAAGAAAACUUGGCAACAAAGACGGAAGGAAAAGAAAGAAAAGGAGAGUCUAGACGCCACUCAAAAAACACCGGAAUCUGCAACAGAGCCAACUCCAACUGAGGCUGCAAAUCUGAGCCAGCUAAUUGAGUGCACUGACCGGCUUAUGGGAUCCGGAUUUUACAGUAUAUAUACAGAUUCAUACGAUCGUAUAAAGUCGUAUAUGCUCGCAACGGAGACGGUCAAAUCGGACAUCGUGAUUCAAGGACGGGGUAACGCCAAAAGAGCGAAGGUUGCAGCCACGCCGGUGGAAGAAAGCGAGACUGCCGCAAGCGCCACCGAUGCCGAGAUCGAACCCAAAGCACAAGAGGCUUCGACUGAAGCACAACCACUCAGCACAGAAGUACACUGGGAGUAUCGGUGGAAGGAUGACCCCGACGCAGAGGUGUUCGGGCCGUUCUCGAGCACCAUGAUGCGCGAUUGGAAGGAUGCUGGUAUGUUUAAAGAUGGUUUCUGGGUCCGGAAGGCAGGAAUUGCGGACGCUGAGUUCAACAGCGGCGCGCGCAUAGACUUUGACCUUUAUACCAACUGAUUGUCAUGAGCGUUCUUCUGUUUUAUUGAGGGAGUUUGGGUGUAGCUUAUGGCCUUUCCUUGUACUUGUAAUAGCAAGAAAUUGGACCCUGCUCUCGAGCAAGUCAAUGCAUAUUCGCAAUAGUGAACACAUUGCAGAGUGUCGAUUCUGGUCUCAAUUGUCGCCGAGGGUUGCAAAUAGCUAAGCUUUUACAGUCAAAUAUGCGCGGCGUGAUAGUGUGGAAACUAAAGAUGAGAUUUGACUAUACGCGCUGAGUAUGCUCAAUACUAUACUUGGCGCGUUUUGCAAGCACGCCACAACAUCUAUGAACGCCCGAUUGCACAAAAUAGAUCUCUAGGCUGCUACUGAGCCGCCAGUGUGAGAUAAUUUAUGCACAAUGCGGAGUUGAGUGUGAUACACUACGACAAGUAUGCAAAACUUGCGCUCGCAUAGAAAGGCUUCCCGCUCAUUGGGGAUAGCUUACCCAACUGUUGGCGCUUGAUGACUGCCGGAACUGAUGAAGAAAAAUCACUACUGAAAGGAUCGAACUUCGCAUUCGUCAACGAACUGGAACAGUGACUCUGGCUAAAUUAGCAAGCAUCAAAAGUAUGCAUUGCUUGUGGAAAGUGGGAGGAAAUUCUAUAGAUGAAUAAGUUCAGCCUUCCUUCUCUCGGGCGUUUUAUCGUUUUGAAUAAAAGAUACUUUCUUCACAACAGCA